AUGAAGUCGAUAAGAAAUACAAGGACGCGCGUGUUCUCCUCGCUUCGCAGAAAACCUCUUCCUACCCCUCCUCCGGGGCCUCUUUUACCCCAAGAUGAGACUGUUGACGAGGAGAUCUGCCCAGGCUACAAUUCCAAGAAAUUCUACCCAGCAAAGCCUGGAGAGGUUCUCGCCAAUCGCUAUCAAGUCCUUGUCAAGGUUGGCUGGGGAGUUUCCUCUACCGUAUGGUUUGCCCGUGAUAUGCGGGGAUACGAAUCAGAACCGGAAAGUGUUGUAGCACUGAAGAUAACCAACACAAACAAGCAUGCAACUGAUGAUGAACGCGAAAUUGAGGCCCAUAUUGCUAAGAUGGAUCCUUCCCACCGCGGCUAUCCGCUCUUUCGAACAUCUUCGGAAUACUUUGAGGUCAGGGGUCCGGAAGGAAGACAUCUAUGCCUAGCAUAUGAGCCUAUGAGGGAGCCAAUGUGGCUUUUCCAGAGACGUUUUAAAGAUGGAAGGAUCCCCCUCCCAAUUAUCAAGACCUACAUACGUUUUCUUCUUGCGGGCCUUGAUUACCUUCAUACAGGAUGCAAGGUUGUCCAUACUGAUUUAAAACUUGAGAAUAUUAUGGUCACGUUUGAAGAUCCCUCUGUGCUUGGCGACUUCAUGAAUUCCCAGUUUGAUCAACCGAUGCAAUACAAAACUGACACCACAGGCCGACCGGUUUAUCGCUGUCACAAUGAUUUUGGGCCACUGAGGAAUGUAAAAAAUAUACCGAAAAUUGUUGACUUUGGACUAGCCACCCGACUCGGUUGCGAUGACUGGGGUAUUUACCCUAUCCAGCCUGACCACUACCGCGCCCCGGAGGUUAUCCUUGGCUGUGGUUGGAAAACGAGCGCAGAUAUAUGGAACCUGGGUAUUCUUCUUUGGGAUAUCAUGCAGGGCAAAGAACUGUUCCACCAGAUUUAUGAUAAACAAGGCUGUUAUGAUGCUAAGAUGCAUCUGGCAGAAAUGAUAGCCUUGUUCGGUCGCCCUCCUUCGGAGCUGAUUGCAAGAUCUCAGUCGAUGUUGGGGUAUAAUUGGCCUGAGCCUGUAAAAAGAGGGGACGGUCAAGUUUGUGAAAGUGCAGAGCAGUAUUUUGGUGGCCCUUUUUUCGAUAAACACGGCGAAUUUUUACAUGAUGACUUGAUCCCAGAUCGAAAGCUCACAGAUACUCUCCCGUCCUUAGAAGAAAAGGAGAGAGAACGCUUCUUGUCGUUUGUAAAGCUGAUGCUUUCUUGGCUUCCAGAGGAGAGAAAAACGGCGGGUGAACUGAUGGAGCAUCCGUUUCUUCGAUUAAAAUGA